AUGCUAGGAUCAGAGCAUCAUGCAUUCAUAGCGCCAACGAUCGCUACUAUUGACAAUUCUAGGAGGAUUAGCGAUAUAUCGCUCAAUUCGACUUCCUCAGAGCAGAGCGAGUGUGAUAUGGCGAUGUCGCGGACCCGAUUAAGAGGACGUGGAAGAACGAAUGGCGGGGCGGGAUGGAUGGCGAAGGCAGCCCUUUUCUCGGUUCUCUUUGCAGUUCCUGGUUCCAUGGCGCAAGGCAAUUGCAUCUCGUUAUCGGGUUCAACCACCUGCGGAGCUUUUCAGCCCGCUUCAAUUUCUACUACGGAUGAUGACCUACGAAAAAGAUUCCCCUUUCUUCAGUAUGUCAAAGAUACGGCUUCCUUUGACGACCAGUUAAGCCAAUACGUUCGAACGAGCUAUGUUCAAGAACAAUAUCAGAAUCUUCUAGGGUGCGGUAACAUCAACCUUGUCAACACUACUGAUUUAUAUGCCCGCUUUACCACCUCGAAGAUCUGUAAUGUUAUCAUUCAGAAAUCCAUUGAGCCCUGCGGCCUGUCAGACCAGGCCUCAUUGCCCUUGUGUGCCGACUCUUGUACCGAAUUUGCUGAGAGUGAAGCCUACUUGGCGGCCGACACCAAUCUUUGUCCCGGCACCAGCGAUCGUCGCCAGGAGCAGAUAAGAGCAGAUUUUAUCGAUUGUUCCGUACCACCACGCUCAUUGACACCUGGUAGUUGCAUACAAGGCAUAGCUAACGAGCCAGAAAAUUGUGGAUACGGAAGUAGCACCAUUGGAUUGUGCUCAUACUGCGCCUCGGGUGGCAUUAAUUCAACCGACACCUGUUGUUACAACUCCGAUAUUGAGACAAGAUGUGCUAACGUAGUCCUACCCACGAUUACGCCGACGAUGACCUUACCAACUGCAAGCUCCUCUGCAAGCUCGACGGCCACUCCGGUACCGGGAGCUCCCUCGGGCAAUAAUAAUAGCCUUUCUGGUGGUGCUAUUGCUGGAAUUGUAGUCGGAUCUAUCGCCGGACUGGCUCUCUUAAUUUUCCUCCUCUUGAUGUGCAUUAGACUUGCCCGACGGAGGCGCGGUAGUCAGAAGGGGAGCAUUUUCAACCAGCCUUCCCCCUCUAGAAAAGGACCCCAGACAGCUCAGAUACCCGCAAACGUGGCAGCGCCGCCCCAAGAGUACGAAGUUCUCCCCGGAGGAAGAAUAGCUCGCAUGUCCGCAUUGGAAGGCCACACCGGAGAUCCGUCCUCGAGACGUGGAGAAUCAAAGCGUGGGGUUUCAGCAGGCGCAGCAGCAGUAGGCGCCGCUGCUGGAUAUAUGACUGCAAGACGGAGGGGAGGAGACAAUCAUUCAUCUUCGGAUUCAUUUGGAGAUAGUCCUAGGUCAGAACCACGAGCAGCUAUCUUACGCCCACCCCCUAUGCGAAGACACGGUUCAUUGUCUAGUAGUUCUGUACUCGCUGGUGAGGAUCCUCAAUCCCCGGCUAGUGCUGGGGGUAUGUCAUCUCCUCCCGGUGUCAACAGCCAACAGUCCGAGCAAUUACCAUUCUUUAAGGACUAUUAUUCGCAAGACGACGUCCAUCCAGGCGAGCGCGUCGCAGUUCUAUGGGCAUACCAACCGCGCGCAGCCGACGAAUUUGCCCUGGAGCGCGGCGAUAUGUUGAAGGUGGUUGGUAUCUGGGAUGAUGGAUGGGCGACAGGCGUUCUGCUGGACGAAAGGGCAGACGAGUGGGAGGCACGAAAACAGGCUCAGAGAGACAGUGGCGUAUCGCACACCUCGGGUCGUGGACGAGAUAUAUCGCCUCCUGCUAGCGGGGAGAUAAAAGCUUUUCCAUUGGUCUGCGUCUGCCUCCCUGAGCAUUGGAGGAAAACUAUCGAAGGUGACGGGUCCACAGAGACUGGCUCGAGCGCCCAUCACGGCCACCUUACCUGA